AUGACCCUCACGUACUCCGACUAUACCAUCGGAUGGAUUUGUGCCCUUCCCCUGGAGAUGGCCGCCGCCAAAGCAGCCCUCGACGAGCUGCAUCCCCGACUGCCCGCCAGCCCCAAUGACCACAACAUUUACACCCUGGGCGCCAUUCACGGCCACAAUGUUGCCAUUGCCUGCCUCCCCUUUGGCAUAUACGGCACUACCUCCGCGGCCAUUGUCGCCAGCAACAUCACCUCCACCUUCAAAAACCUCCGCUACAGCCUAAUGGUCGGCAUCGCCGGCGGUGUCCCCCAUCCCAGCACCACCGACAUACGACUAGGAGAUAUAGUAGUCAGCAAACCCACCGGCAACAGCGGUGGUGUCAUCCAAUACGACUACGGAAAGACACUAACAGACGGCGUUUUUCAACGCACAGGAUGUCUAAAUAAACCUCCAGCGGAACUCUUAUCCGCGCUGGCGACACUCGAAUCUAACCAUUUCCUCAGUAAGUCGGAUAUUUCUGUAACUUUGGCUCAGAUGCAAGCGCGAUUUCCGGCUUUUGCGUCCCCUGGGUCGCAGUAUGAUUUUCUCUUUGAACCUCUGUACUCGCAUGUUGGAACAAGAUCGGAAGAAUGUCAUCUCAAAUGCGAGAGCAGUUAUCUCGUUCCCAGGUUACGGCGGAGCUCUUCUGCUCCACGGGUGCAUUAUGGAUUGAUUGCGUCGGGCAACCAGGUUAUGCGUGAUGCGGUGACGAGAGAUAACAUUUCACGCCAGCUGGAGGACGUACUGUGUUUUGAGAUGGAAGCUGCUGGACUGAUGGAUCAGUUUCCUUGCUUGGUUGUGAGGGGUAUUUGUGAUUAUGCCGAUUCGCAUAAGAGCAAACGUUGGCAGGCGUACGCCGCUGCAACUGCUGCUGCGUAUGCGAAGGAGUUGUUGGGCAUUAUUCCGUUGCAGCAGAGGGGCCAGGAGAGUGCUGCUGCUGAGGAACCAGGCCGUGGACGCCUGAAGCAAGUAUGA